AUGCAGUAUUUGGGACAUGGCGAGCUGCUGAGUACAGUUGCGGUCUUCCGCAUGCUGCGCUUGGUGAGGAUCCUGCGCGUGACCCGGGUGUUGAGGCGAACCGGGGGCUUUCGGGAGCUGCAGAAAUUGAUACGCAUGCUGUCGACGUGCUUGAAGACAUUGUUUUGGUCCUUCGUAUUCUGCUUUGUGAUGAUGACUGUCUGGGCCCUCUUGAUUGUAGAGCUGGUCGACCCUCUGAUGGAAAUCGUUGAUCGAGAAACUGGAGCAUUCAGCGAUUGCCCGCACUGUUUGAAGGCAACAUCUUCGGUGAUGCGCGCGAAUGUGCUGUUGUUCAAGACCGUCAUCGCUGGGGACAGUUGGGGACAGAUAGCUGUGCCCCUGAUUGAAGCAUAUCCGCUGACGGCCAUCAUUUUUAUGGGAUCGCUGCUGACGCUGGUCUUUGGAGUCAUGAACCUAAUCGUGGCGGUGGUCGUGGAUACCUUUGCAGAGGCACGCCAGCGUGACGUACUGAAUUUGGCAGAGGAGAUGGAAAACAACAUGAGCAUUGACCGGGAGCGGCUGGAGCGGAUUUUCAAGCGAAUUGACACCGACGGCAGCGGCAUGGUGACCUUUGACGAGCUGCUCGAGGGGGCGCGAAGGGACCCAGAGUUUCAGAGCCGCCUUCGGGUGAUGGACAUUGACGAGGCAGACUUGGAGCAACUGUUUGAGAUGAUCGAUGUGAACGGAGAGGGUGAGAUCGCAGCUGCAGAGUUUAUAACGCCACUGACAAGGUGGGUCAGCGACUCUAAGACUGCGCCGCGCUUCAUCAAGUACAAUAUGCUCCGGUCGCUGGGUCAGCAGGAGGAACUCUACAGCCUCUCCCGACGGUGUUUCGAAGUCCUGGAAAACCGCAUGGAAGCCCUGACGUCCAUGCUGGGCGGCGAUGAUUCUAUUGGGGCCCCGAUUUUGCUUCCCAGCUCCGAAGCGCAACCGCUCAUCCAGGCCACGGCCGUGGGGACGACAGAGCUCGAGCAGAUCGCAGCGUCGGAUCUACACCCGCAGUCUGAGGUUGAGGAUUGCGUAGAGCAGCCGCAUUCAUCGCAGCAAACUACCCUGCAACCAUUGAAGGAGGUCGCCGAGGAUGCCAUCAAGGCUGCCAUGGAGAGUUUGGAAAUCCAGGUCCUGAAUGCCACCGAAGCAGCAUUGAAGCGGUCGCGAGCCGCAAUUGAGAGGACCAUACAGGAGAACCUGGCUGCCUGGGCUUACCUCCCCAGAGAAGGUUCCAAAGCACCGGCCAGCCCGACUCGCGAAUCCAGACCCUCCCUGCAGCUCAUGCUGGGGGACAACCUCUUUGAGAGGCGACGAAGAACCAGCGUGCAUCAGUCCCCCACUGCCCCCACCGAUCGAGAAAGCCGCAGGCCACCGGCAGGCGACUUCAACCCUCCUGGAACUGGGGUUCAGGCAUCGCCUGUAAUCGAGAGGCCCAGGCGGAGGAGUCGCAUGACGUCGGGUACCUUCAACACUCCUGGCGCUGGAGAUCCCGCGAGGGCUCUGCCUCACUGGAGGCAACCCAGCAUGGAUGGCAUUGGAAGCAAUGAGAUUGGUUCCUGGUACAGGGGCAGCCCGCCAGGAAGUCCAAAGGCGACGCCGAAGGGUACUCCUAGCUCUACAAGCAAGAGUCCCCAGGCCUUGCGGGAUGGACGGCUGCAAGGCUUGCGGGAUGAGAAGCUGCAAGGCUGGACAUCCCAGCCGGACGAGUCCACUUCAAAACAGGACAAGCCAUUCCGGCGAUUGUCCAGCGCGGGAGCCCGCUUUUAA